CCGGUCCGGAGCUCUGGGGCUGAGAAUCAGCUGAUUGAAAUCCCAGGCAAGGGAGUCAGAAAUCAGGGAGAAAGCCCGAUCGCGGUGGAUGGAUGUGGUCCUACUUCCCUGAGCGAUCUUUCUCGCUGCCGUCCUUUGGACCUGUCUUAUCUCCAGCAUCCCUCCUUGAUCGAGCCGCUGUUCUCGGGUGGUUGAGUGUUGCUGACUGCUGACAUGCUGUGCUGUGCAUAUUAUCCCGAAGAAGGUUCCCGGGGAUUUCCUUUCAAUGCUGUCAUGUUCCCUUAGUUAAGAAGAAUAUUCAACAGUCUUUGAACAUGAGAUACGCGACGCUCUCCUUUCUAUGGAUAAACUGGUGCUAUGUGUGGCAAGCAAAAGCAGAAUUCUUCACAUCCAUAGGUCAAAUGACGGACUUAAUUUUCACGGAAAAAGACCUGGUCAAAUCCCUGAAGGAAUAUAUAACUGCAGAAGAGACAAAGUUAACAGCAAUUAAAAGCUGGGCUGAAAAGCUGGAUGAACUGACACACACGUCAACGUCUGACCCAGAAGCAUAUCUGGGCCAUCCAGUAAAUGCAUACAAGCUAAUGAAAAGGUUGAACACAGAGUGGGUAAAACUGGAAAGUUUGGUUCUGCAGCAUACUUCCGAUGGCUUCAUUGCCAAUCUUUCGAUUCAGCGGCAGCACUUCCCUACAGAUGAAGAUGAGAGUGGAGCAGCAAAAGCACUCAUGCGUUUGCAAGACACUUACAAGCUGGAUUCAGACAGCAUUUCCAAGGGCAGGCUGCCAGGUGUGCAGCACCUGGUCUCUCUCACAGUCGAGGACUGCUUUGAGUUGGGGAAGGUUGCUUAUAACGACGGCGAUUACUACCACACCAUUCUAUGGAUGGAACAAACCCUGAAGCAGAUGGAGGAAGGGGAGCCUGGAGCAGUGACGAAAGCUGAAGCCUUGGACUAUCUCAGCUACUCUGUGUAUCAGAUGGGAGACCUAGCACGUGCCUUAGAACUAACAAAACAGCUAAUAGCUGCUGAUCCAACACACUUGAGAGCAAAGUCUAACCUCCACUACUUUACUAACUUGCUGAGAGACGAGGAGCAAGCAAAUCAAAGGACAGAUGAAGAACCCUCUGAACCUUUGGCAACAGGGACCUAUGCACGGCCGAAAGGGUACUUGCCCGAGCGGGAUGCCUAUGAAGGUCUGUGUCGAGGGGAAGGAAUUAAGAUGACUGCUCGACGGCAGAAGCGAUUGUUCUGUCGUUACCACAACAACAACAACCAUCCACGUUUGCUUUUUGCCCCCAUCAAAGAGGAAGAUGAGUGGGACAGUCCGCACAUUGUUCGAUACCAUGAGGUGUUGUCUGAUGCAGAAAUCGAAAGGAUUAAAGAAUUAGCCAAGCCCAGGUUGGCCAGAGCCACAGUUAGGAACUCAGUCACUGGGAUCCUAGAGACAGCGAACUAUAGAAUCAGUAAGAGUGCUUGGUUGGAUGAUGAUGAAGAUCCUGUCGUGCACCGGGUCAACCAGCGGAUAGCGGACGUCACGGGCCUGGAUGUGGAGACAGCUGAGUUACUUCAGGUGGCAAAUUAUGGAGUAGGAGGGCAGUAUGAACCACACUUUGACUUCUCCAGAAAAAAUGAACAGGAUGCUUUCAAAGAAUUAGGUACUGGAAAUCGCCUUGCUACUUUUUUAAAUUACAUGAGUGACGUUCCAGCAGGCGGAGCCACAGUAUUUCCCGACUUUGGAGCUGCCAUAUAUCCAAAGAAGGGAACAGCAAUCUUCUGGUAUAACCUUUUUAGAAGUGGAGAAGGUGAUUACAGAACGCGACAUGCAGCCUGUCCAGUAUUAGUAGGAAGUAAAUGGGUUUCCAACAAAUGGAUCCAUGAGAGAGGACAAGAGUUCAAGAGACCAUGUGGAUUGACAGAAGUGGAGUAAACGUGUGGACCAUUCUGUCUUCCCACUUUAUUUCCAUCCCUUCUUUUAUCAAGACAAGCAGUCAAGAUUUCAUUUUUCCCUAUUGAGUGCCAAUCACCUUCUGCAUUCCAUUGACCUUUUAUCUCAGCGUUGUCUCCAUUUUGUUUCAUUUCUUCUCCUUUGUGAACCUAGACAUACUAUGAUAUUCAUCGGGGAAAGAAAAACGCUCUGUGUGGUAUUUUCUAUCGGUGGUCCAUUGUGUACAUGAAGAUGAUUCAUUCUCAGUGUCAAAAAUUGGAGCACUUUGGUAAAGCAACCCAGAGAAGACAGCAAGCUUUUCAUUUUGGGGGAAAUAGUGAAUGAAGGCAUUAGUGUAAUUGCGUUACCUUCAUCAUUUCUUACUGACUUCAAUUGGAACAGUGUAGUUUGGACAUGUUGUUCCACCAUAUGGAUGCAGUUGCACGGUCCUUACAUCCUGUGCACUUCGCCAACCUCUCCCUUUCCAGGCCAUUCCAACAUAACAGGUCUAUUUUCAUGAGAAGGUUUUGUGUUAUCAUUCUGUUUGCUCAUUCUAACUUUGAAAAUCACCAGCAGACUUGCAUUCAAUUUUCGUCACCAGAUAAUGAUUAUUGCAGAUGAUAAAGUGAUCCCUUUGAGAAGCUAAAUUAAUCCUAAUUGCUUCUAAACUGAAUUAAAAGUAACAAACACCAAUAUGACCAACCAAUUUGUUAUAUAAAGAAAGUGCUGGAAAUCCGAGGCCAGUUAGACAAAGUCUUCGCGUAAACGCUUCAGUUAGUGAACAGAGGACAAGAACAUCAACCCUGAAUGUUGACUGUGUCUCUAGAAAUGCUGUUUGAUGGCUGAAUAUUUCCAGCAUCUACACUUGUUGGCUUCUGAACCAAUUUAUUUUUGAUUCUCUACUCUAACAUCUACUGUGAAAUGGGUCCUAUGUUCAUGGAUUAAUGUACACCUACCCAAUAAAGAUCAGUGAGGAAAAGGGAACACAUCCAGUCUUCACUGUGAUGCUAAACGCCCUUGAACAAUUUGAGAAAUAUUAAUUGGACUUGCUGUGUGUAUUAAUUAAUCCCUUGGACAAAAUUGUUGAAGUGGAAGUUUAUCUUUCGCCACAUCGUCUAAUUUUCAUUACAAGUGACCAUGUAUGAAUUUCAUUCUCAACAAAGAUUUAUAUUUCUGAGCAAGCUCAUUACAAGGACUAUUACCAUUAUGUGUCCACACCUUUUACAACGAAUGUUGUCAUUAUGUGUGCAAAUCUUUUUCAAGGACUAUUGCUAUCACUGUUGUGUGCCCACACCUUAUAAAAGGACUAUUGCCACAAUAUUUCUACUUCCCUUGGUUCUUGAGCCAUCAACUAGAAACAUAAAAUCACAGAUCCUCUCCACAAUCUGCUUCUAAUUCUAGAAUUAAACACUGGCAGAGUUGGUUGUGGAAUUAAAAUUGCAAAAAAUUGAGCCAUAAAAUCCAGUCAAUUUAUUUGCUAGCCUGGCCUUUCUGCGAUAUGUCUAUUUUAGAAUCCUAAAUGUAAAGUCAUUCCUUAAAGCAAUUUUUAGAUCACCAUUAACAGAGACAACUUUAACUGUUUCAUUCAGGUAGGGUAAAAUUAGAGAUUGGGGGGAGGGGAAGGGCAGCCACAGAUUUUGAAUGACAAUUGAUUAUCCAGCUAUCAAAUUAAUUAUAAAGCAGAAACAGGAGGCAAAGGGAGCUCCUGCACUGAGCAGCAGUUGGGAAACGGUGUUAUACAGAACUAAUGCUGAGAACAGGUUUUAAACAUAUCUGUGGUAAAUGACAUUUGCAUUAGGAGCGGUGGUGGAGGGUUGAGGUUAGUAUAAUCAUCCCUGUGACCACCAGGGUUUCAUCUGGAUGCUCCAGUUUGCAGGUUUGUAAAGCAGCAUAACUCCCCAUUAGUUAAAAGGCAAAGUAAAUCAAAGGGGAGUUGAAGGGCAAAUAUGAACAAGUAGCUGAUUGUGCAGGAAACUAAGGAGAGGGAGAAUGGGACUAACAGGAUUACUCCCCUGGGAGCCAACAGAGAAACACAAAUAGCCUCCUCCUGCUUUAUGACUAAGAUAACAAGAGUGAAAUCAAGGAAAAAAGCCAGAUAACAAAACGGAACAGAUCACAGCUGUAAAGUUGCCUUACAGCACCAGGGAUGCUGGCUACAUAAUUUGUACGUUCUCUCUAUGACUGCGUGGGAUUUCUCCAGGUGUUCCGGUUUCUUCCCACAUUCUAAAAACGCACAGGUUUGUAGGUUAAUUGGCUUAGUUAAAAAAAUGUCCCUGGUGUGUGUAGGAUAGUGUGCUCGUUGUAAAUUCAGUAGGCCGAAGGAUCUGUUUCCGCUCUGUGUCUCUAAACCAAAACUAAACUAAAAACAAAGUUCGGGAGAUGCUGAACAGGUCAGGCCACAUCUGUGGGGAAAAAAGAGCAUCAACCUUUUAGGUCACAGUUCUGAUGAAGGGUUUCCAACCUGACUUUGUUUCUCUUUCUGCAAAUGCAGCCUGAUCUGCUGAGUCCAAAAAAGUUCUCGUUUUUGUUUUCGAUAUUACAGCCUAAAUUGGACUGUUUUGGUUGGUUCUUGAGGGUAAGUGCUUGGUGAUUCCUUCAGUUCAAUUCCUUUAUGUAAAUCUCAAGGAUUUGUGUCCCAGCUUAUUAGUAUCAUAUUAGAAUAAAAACAAACUGAUCCAUGACUUCUUGUAGGUGAGAUCCUUAGUUUGGAUGUGAUGGUGCAGGUAUAAAUCAACAAUUGCAUGCAGUGGAACUACAAUCUGCAAUGUAAUAUGCCUUAUUUGUAUCUUUCAAGAACUUUAUAUUGCAAUGUGAAUGUAAACAAAACCUCAAGUGCUUCUUUUCAUCCAGUAUGCCAAUUGAGCUGCUUAUUGAACAGUAACAGAUCCCCCAAUUUGUCACUCUCUGCAAAUAUCCGCUCCACUCUAAAUUAAGGAUUGGGUGAGGUAAAAGAUUGUUUUCCACUCAGAAUUAAUUUGAUCGGGUUGUUGCAAAUGCUGGAACUUACUGUUAAGUUUUAUUUGCCUCUUUACCUCUGAUGUUCCACAGUGCAAAUAUUAUGUUUAAAUACAUAUUGACUUUAUUAAAUGUUUUUCAAAUCUUAAUUUUAUUGAUUUUGUUGAUGGUAAAAAAAAAAUUUCAAUGGAGCAUAAAUCCCACAAAGUGAUUAAAGGAAUGCAUCCAAUGUUACUGUGCUUAAAUGAAUGAAUAAAAUAAUUUA